CCCGGCCCGGCCGCGCUUCCGCCCGCGUCAGCUGACUCUGCCAGGCAGCGGCCCGGCCCGGCACCGAGCCCGCGGAGCCUCCGGCGCGGCCACCCGCAGCAUGGCAGGGGCCGUGGUGAGUGGAGCGCAGGUGUCCUACAUUAGUCAGGACUGUGAAGAAAUUCCAGAAUUCCUAGGAAGAAAAUAUGGACACAUGGCAAAAAGGCUAGAUCUUAGCUUCAACUUGCUAAGGUCACUAGAAGGACUGAAAACAUUCAGUUACUUGGAAGAACUGAUCUUGGACAACAAUCUACUUGGAAAUGACCUUCUGUUACCCAGGUUACCCCACCUCCAUACCUUAACGCUCAACAAGAACCAAAUAUCAGAAUUAGAAAGCCUUUUGGACCAUUUGGCUGAAGUUGUGCCCUCACUACAAUAUCUCAGUUUGCUUGGAAACAUUGCUUGCCCAAAUGAACUGGUCUGCAAAGAAAAGGAUGAAGAUGACUACCAGAGAUACAGAUAUUUUGUCCUGCACAAAUUGACAAACCUGAAAUUUCUCGAUACUCGGAAAGUAACCAGGAGGGAGAGAGAGGAAGCCUUGAUAAGAGGUGCCUUCAUGAAAGUGGUUAAGCCCAAGGAUGCGAAGAUUUCUCCCAGUCUUGAAUGCUCAUUACAUUUCACCAGGAAUCCAAGAUCUGAUCCUUUUCAGACAUUAUUUCUCUGGGCUCCAGUGCUGCUGCCUCUGCCUCUCCAGAGAUGCACUACACGCCUCUGCCUGCUGGAUCCAGAGACCUCACCAACCACAGAGGCAUUUUGGGGAAAUGUCGCUACAUUUACUAUGGAAAACAUUCCGAGGGCAACAGAUUCAUCCGAGAUGACCAGCUAUAAAACACAGUGCUGUUUGGUGCCUCUUCAAUCCCUCCACAUGAGAAGCACAAAUCACAUCUACAUUUUAAGCAUGUAACUAAAGUCCUCUAGUGCCUUCUGCUGACUUUGCCAAGCCUGUCAAGAUCAUCCUUCUAUCUUAGUCUGAGUAGUCACAUGGAGAUUGACAUGAUUGCCUUUAAGCAGGUCCCAUCCACCAGCGUGACAGACAGCUGCAGCCGAGCGCGGGGCUGGCAGGGGAGCACGGUGAUGGAUGGCCUGGCCCGAGUGCUGCAGAGAGCAGGGUCGCACCUGGGGCUGGACCGAGCCCGCUGCAUCCGCAGCGCCUCCCAAAGCACGCCCUUAUCUCUGCCUGGCCUGCUCAGCCCAAGUGCUGCUGAUACCCGAGUGUUUAUAACGGAGAGGGGCUGUAAUUUCAGAUGAAAAAGCCCUUAUCUGUUCUUAUUUUUACCCUGUGAAUUAAGUGCUUGUGUUUCUAUCGUCUCGUACAUGCUUACACAAAUCCUUUCACAGUUUGGUAGCACACUCACCCACCCCCCAAAAUGAGCCUAGAUGGAUUAUUUUUUCUUUCAGCAAAGAAAAAUAUAUAUCCUGAAAUCAUUUUGGUCAUGAAAAGCACUGCCAAUUUGUAUAGAUGUUUAUAUGCAAAGGAUAAGGAUUUUAUAAUUUCCCAGACAAACAAGUUUUUCCAAUUCUUGAAUCACAUCUUAUUGUUUACUAGCUCUUACCUUCAGAAAAGUGAACAUUUCUUUAUGUUGUAAAAUAAUGUCGUAGCUUAACGGUUUACACUUGGAAGUCCUCCUUAGUGAUAUUGACAGUGUGUAUUAUUCCUGGUUUAUUGCACAAGCUAUUUCUAACUUUUAGGAAUUAUGUUUAUAAUUAAAUGCUUAAAUUUGGGGAAAAAAGUGCUUAAAAGGAGUGAUAUAAAUCUGCCACCAGAUGGGUGUGAUUAUUCAGAGGGGAAAAAGGUCAACAAAAGUAACUGGUGGAAUUAACAUAAUUAGCAGCUUUACUAAUUUAUUAGAGAGACGAUAUCUACCUUUUGAAAUCUAUGUAAGAAAGGCUAUUAUCAAAUUUUCAGUCAAGAAAAUAAAAAGGCAUGGUAAAUUUUCUGCUUUUCUGAUAAAGAGAUUGGACAUAUUUAGAAUCAUUAACUUGUUACUUUGGAAAAAAGUGAAGUCCCAUACUUCAUGAAUAUGUUAUGUUAAAUUCUACUUGAUACAAUGGGAUUGGCCAAGGAAUAUGCAAAAAUUCUGACCUCUUGGCUGUUCCAAACCCAUUCAUACUGAUCCCAGCUGAGAGCUAUUAAUGCCUAGCUGUUCCUGGUUUGUUUGAAAUUACUUGGUGGUGUUUAUUCACUUUCCUGGUUAAAAAAACAACAUACCAGUCUUCAGAAGCUGUCUACCUUGGGGGCUUUUAUCAGCUGGCAUUACAGGUGGAAGCGACCUGACCAUGGAAGGCAGUGGUGAAAGCAGAUGUGACUGGUGAAAUAGUGAGGCACUGGCUGGGUGUCAGAGGAAAGCUUGCUGCUGCUCAGCAUUUUAGGCCUCACUCAGUAAACGGAAGCCUUUGCUCACUCUGCAAGUAUAUAAUAAAUGUUAAACAGAUACUUAAAACCACUGAUGAACACACAACAAUCCAGUUCACCACUUGUAGCUCAAAUGGAGCUCUGAGCUGUUUGAAUGGUGUCUGGAAAGCACGUUCUAGCUGCUUGUCAUGCCUCUUCUAAAUGUCAUACAUGACCACAAAUGAAAGGCCAGUUCACAUGGCAAGUCCGAGAUGAUACCAGAUAAAUGAAAACUACAUGCCUUUUUCUUUAAUCAAAAAUAAUAAUAGAAAUAUUUAGGGCACUUGUCAUCUGUUUUGGUCUCCAAAAUAACAGCAAUCUUAGUUUGUUCCUAUCAUGAUGUCUGUUUUGAAUGCCUCCACACAUUUUGGCCAUGGCAAUGUUAUAGGCAGCAGGAUUUGGAAUAGGGAUGUUUAGAAUAACCUAAUGUCACUUUCAGUCUGUUUGCAUAUAUGUUCUUGUCUUUAUAAAAGGCUUUAACCCUGCCUCAAACAAUAAACAGCACUUGCAAACUGA